AUGAUGCUAAUAUAUGUAUCCCCUAUAACUUACAAAUUGUGUACACAAAUAGUGCACGUGACAAAGAACCCGAAAUUGGGAAGCCAAGGCAUGAGUUCAUCGAGUCCCUUGACGGUGAAGAGAUCGCAAGUGGUUAUAGUGAAACCCUCAAAUGCGACACCUGAUGUCUCUCUUUCUCUCUCAACACUCGACAACGAUCCUAACCUGGAAUCCCUGGCCAAAACCAUCUAUGUCUACGCUCCACCAUCCUCCAAAGCCGAUGUCCACGAUCCGGCUUCCCUUUUUCAGCAAGCUCUCGCUCAUGCUCUUGUCUAUUAUUACCCUCUCGCCGGAAAACUUCACCGGGGAUCCCAUGACCAUAGACUAGAGUUGAGGUGCAGUCCUGCGGAGGGAGUCCCCUUUGUUAGGGCGACAGCAGACUGCACUCUCUCUUCCCUCAACUAUUUGGAGGACACGGAUGCAGACUUAUACCAACUCGUACCUUCCGACGUAGCUGUGCGGUCUGGUGGUUACAACCCUCUGGCUCUGCAGAUCACUCUGUUUGCAUGCGGAGGGAUCACUUUUGCAGCGGCUCUCUCUCACUCCUUGUGUGAUGGUUUUGGUGCGUCUCAGUUUUUCAAAGCCUUAACUGAGCUCGCAGAAGGAAAGAAACAACCUAGCAUCAUCCCCGUUUGGGACAGACACUGUCUCACCCCUAACAACUUUAGUGUAACCGGGCAAGUGGAGCAGGGACAAGCUCCCAAGCUGGUUAACUUCGAGGAGGCUUGCUCUCCUGUGGCAAUUUCUCCCUACACACCAAGCAACGACAUGGUAUGUGAGAUACUCAACGUGACAUCGGAAGAGAUCACUCAGCUCAAGGAGAAGGUUGAGGGGGAGGUCACAACUCUAGAGAUUCUUGCGGCUCACGUCUGGAGAUCAAGGUGCAGGGCCUUGAAGUUGAAUCUCGAUGGGACCUCUCAAUUUGGAAUGGCCGUGGGUAUACGCCGCAUCGUGGAUCCACCGUUACCGGAAGGCUACUACGGAAAUGCAUUCGUCAUGGCCAAUAUAGUCAUGAAGGUUAGCGAGCUGAAUAACUCACCGUUGUCCCAUGUUGUGACUCUCAUCAAAGAGGCUAAAAGAGCGGCGCUGGAGAAGAGUUACGUGUCGGAGCAGCUAAGAAAGAUAGAGAGAAAGUUGAAGAUGAAGGUAGCGUGUGAAGGAGGGAACGGUGCGUUAUUUCUGCUCACUGAUUGGAGGCACCUUGGACUGCUAAACAAAGUUGAUUUUGGGUAUGGAGGAUCGUUGAGCAUAAUACCUUUGGUGUCUGAUAUUUGUAUUUUCUUGCCGAGGAAGCACGGUGGUGUUAGGGUGCAAAUCACAUUGCCCAAACCUGCAAUGGACAACUUCAAGGAACACAUGAUUAAUACCCUAUGCCUCUAGUAUAUAAAAAUGAUAAGUGGAUGGAUAAUUCACAAUAUAUUUUUUCUAAUUACGAAAAGGAACCGCAUGGUUUGUGUUUAUUCAUUUG